AUGGGUCUUUGUGUCACGAGUAAUGAUAACCAUUUACUCGUUGCAGAUCUCAGAAUUAAUUCACUACAUUUCGCUGGAGUCACCGUUCGUAGCUUCUCUGGAUUUUCUGGAGAUGCUUACCAAUUGGCAUCAAUGCCAGUCUUUCUACUCCCACACAGUUGGUGUGCUGAAAUAUGUCAUCCUCCAUGUUUUGGAAUUGCUGCAAAUAAUGCCUCGGUGUGUUCUGGAAAUUGUGUGGCGCCUGAUCAAUGUGUUUGCGAUACGAAUCAUACUGGCCCAAGUUGUGCAUUCCCGUUGUGUUUUGGAGUUUCUUCGAACGAUACUGCACAAGUAUGUUCUGGAAAUGGCGUUUGUGAAAAUGUUGACACUUGUUCUUGUUCAGCUGGAUUCAGUGGCUCUCAAUGUGAAGCUCCUUCAUAUAAUGGAAUUAUGGCAACCAACUCCUCUGCUUGUAAUGGACAUAAUUCAUGUGAAGUGGAUUUGGUUUGUGUCAAAAUCUGUACUUGUAAUGUGAAUGGACAUGUUGGAACUCAAUGCGUGUUGGUCACAUGUUUUGGCAUUACUUCCAACAAUGUUUCACACGUUUGUUCUGGAAAUGGAAUUUGUGAAAAUGUUGACACUUGCUCAUGUACUACAGGAUUCAGGGGUUCGAAAUGUGAACAUCCAUCCUGCAAUGGAAUUGUUUCAACCAAUACAUCGGUGUGUACUGGACAUGGUUCAUGCAUCAAUUUAGAUACAUGUGUUUGUGACAUUAAUUGGAUUGGCCAAUAUUGUGACAUUCCUCAAUGUUUUGGAAUUGAGGCUACUAAUUCUUCGGUUUGCAGUGGAUUUGGUUUGUGUCAAAAUCCUAAUCAAUGUACAUGCAAUGUGUAUGAAGCUCAUAAUUAA